CAAAGUUCGGGCCAUCCCAUAAAAUAAAUUUCUCAAUUCAUCAGCUAAAUCAGAGAUAAUAUGGAUCUAAGAUCAUUCAUGGUCCAGUUUAUAAUGCUGCUUCUAAGUGGUAUCAGCCAAUCAGCUUCGUCCUACUCCCCAUUCGCCCGGUAUGAAGAACAAUUCUGCACUGAUACACAUACCGGCCGUCAAUUAUAUGUAGGUGAAAUUUUCACACGUCUCAAUGAAUGCAUCAGGGUUCAGUGUUUGGGUACCCAUCAAAUCUGGGAGGACAGUUGCCAAGUGCCUAGAGCUCUCAAGGGGGAAUGUCAUGCUGUGGCGUCUACGCAAUUAAAUCUCGAAUAUCCAAAAUGUUGCCCCUUGUACGAAUGCAGAACAUAUGAAACCAAUCCACAUGGCACAAUAGAGCAGACAAAUACUUAUAAUCAUGAUGGCAAACUAGUCAAAUCGCAUAUAACCGAAAUGAUAGUCAUAGAUCGUCGAGUGGGUCCUGAAGCAACAAAACAUCACACUGGUCCUGUACGCAAAUACGAAGUGUAAAGAAAUUUGUUAUUUCCAACUGACAGUAGUUCAAUAUUUAAAUUUAAAA